AUGGAUCCUCUACCUAAUUUAGAAUGUUUCUCAUUAACAUGUUAUAAGAGUACUCAAGAUCGUGACAGUGUGGUUUUACCUCUUUUUCAUCGAAUGUCGCAUCUCAAAGAAUUAAAUUUAUAUAUAUAUAUCUUGGGUGGACCCACGUUCAUCGCUGGUACUCAGCUUGAUAAUGCAAUUCUUAUUCAUAUGCCACGACUUCAUACAUUCACAUUUUAUAUCGCUUCUAAGCACGGCUCUGUUGAUCCAGAUGUACGUAUAUCUAACGUAGAUAUUCUAAGCACUUGUAAAAAUAUACAAUAUCGACAAGUGGCUUGUAUGGUGGAUUAUUUCUUCUGUAAGAGAAUGAUUUGUCGAGUUUUUUCACUCCCAGUUAAAUUUCAUCGUCUCGAAGACAUCGGAAAUAAUAUUCCAAACAUUGUAUUUGCUGCUGUUACUCAUUUGAAGCUAUGGGAUAAAGACCCAUUCAAAUAUGAAUUUUUCAUUCGACUUACUCAAGCCUUUCCAUUUCUUAAAGAUUUAAGUAUUAAGAUUAUUCAACCACCUUUUUGGAAAUCUCGCGAACGUCAUCUUUAUGAAAAAGACUGGUGCUCAAUUGUUCAAUACCCGUAUCUUGUUUCACUUAACAUCACUUGUACACAUAUUCAUUAUGUUGAACAUUUUCUCAAUGAUACAAAAACACAUCUGCCUCGUUUAACUGAAUUAAAAGUCAAUUAUGUUAAUUUGGAAAUAGUGACAAACAACUUUACAAGAGCUGAAACACGACGUAAUUGUGCUAAGAUAAAACAAUUCAUUUCUGAACAAUCCAUGAUCUAUCCGAAAGAUGUUUAUGACUAUUUUCUUUCGUUGUAG